AGAGAGAGAGAGAGAGAGAGAGAGAGUGGUGGCACCCGUAGCUAUGCUAAGCAAUAGGAGCAAUUCCCAUCCCAUCAAUGAAUUUAAUGUCUGUCUCACUCGCCCUGCAUCUCUCUGUCUGUCUGUUUUUCUGUCUGUCUCUCCCUCUCUGCGCCAAGGUGAAAUAUAUUGUCAGCUUCUUCAAAAAUCCUACGACCCCAUUUCCUUUCUUUAAUUACUGAAGCAACCCAGCCCUUCAAGAAUUGAGGAAUUCUUCUUUUUAUCCCACGCAAAUAAGUAGAAUUAAAUGUGGACACUACUCCAUCCAAAACAAGCUCUUGCUCUUUGUUAAUACUCCAAUCAAAGUUUUGAGUUUCUAUUAUUUUUCUCAAGGGAGAAGGAGAAGGAGAAGGAGAAGAACCUAGGCACAGUGUUGUUCUCCUUUUUGGCCUUCAAAAACUGCAAGCAGCUAUGAAAAAGACAGAUAAGAAGAGCUUGGAUCCACAACUAUGGCAAGCCUGUGCAGGAAGCAUGGUACAAAUCCCUCCACUAAACACUAAAGUCUUCUACUUUCCACAAGGCCACGCCGAGCACUCUCAAUCCCCCGUCGAUUUCCCCCAAAGAAUCCCUUCUCUCGUUCUCUGCCGCGUUGCCUCUGUCAAAUUCCUCGCCGACCCUGGUACUGAUGAGGUAUUCGCCAAGAUCAGCCUUGUUCCUUUACCAGACGCUGACCUUGAUUUCUCUCAAGAUGUGGACAUUUGUGGUGAUGGGAACGACAGUAACAACGCAGAGAAGCCGGCCUCUUUUGCAAAGACACUAACUCAAUCUGAUGCCAACAAUGGUGGGGGUUUCUCUGUGCCUAGAUACUGUGCGGAGACGAUUUUCCCAAGGCUGGACUACUCCGCGGAUCCUCCCGUGCAGACUCUGAUUGCUAAAGAUGUGCACGGUGAGGUGUGGAAGUUUAGGCAUAUUUAUAGAGGGACACCAAGGAGGCAUUUGUUGACUACUGGAUGGAGCACCUUUGUUAACCAGAAGAAAUUGGUUGCCGGGGAUUCAAUUGUGUUCUUGAGGGCUGAAAAUGGCGAUCUUUGCGUUGGAAUUCGCCGUGCCAAGAGGGGGAUUGGAAUUGGGAGCGGACCUGAAUCAUCACCAUCACACAUUGGGUGGAAUUCGAACAAUGCUACCUGUGCUAACCCAUAUGGUGGUUUUUCACUUUUUGUGAAGGAGGAUGAGAUGCGAAAUGGGUGGGUGAAGGGAAGGGGAAGAGUGAAGUCUGAAGAGGUUUUGGAAGCUGCUGGUCUUGCUGCUAAUGGAAAUCCUUUUCAAGUCGUUUAUUAUCCACGAGCAAGCACGCCAGAGUUUUGUGUUAAGGCCUCUUCAGUAAGGGCGGCAAUGAGGACCAAUUGGUGCUCUGGGAUGAGGUUCAAGAUGGCUUUUGAAACAGAGGACUCUUCACGGAUUAGCUGGUUUAUGGGGACUGUUGCCUCUGUUCAGGUUGCUGAUCCUGUCCGAUGGCCAAACUCUCCAUGGCGCCUUCUCCAGGUGACAUGGGAUGAGCCAGAUUUACUACAAACUGUAAAGUGUGUCAGCCCAUGGCUGGUUGAAUUGGUGUCAAAUAUGCCAGUCAUCCACCUAUCACCCUUCUCACCACCAAGAAAGAAGUUGCGAUUCCCGCAACAGUUACACUUUCCCCUUGAUGGCCAAUUUCAAUUGCCUUCAUUUUCAGGCAACCCCCUUGGGCCCAGCAGCCCUUCGUGUUGUCUAUCCGAUAACACUCCUGCAGGCAUACAGGGAGCCAGGCAUGCUCAAUUUGGAAUAUCUUUAUCAGAUUUCCAGUUUAAAAAAAAGCUGCAGUCAGGGCAGUUUCUGUCCAGUCUCCAGAGGUUGAAUCCACGCACUAAAAAUUCUGAAAAUUACCUGACAGGACACCCUGACAGCAAUAAGAAUUUAUCUUGCUUAUUAACAAAGGGGAGCAGCAAUCCAAAAUUGGAGAAAUCUGAUAAUGCAAAGAAACACCAGUUUCUGCUCUUUGGUCAACCAAUACUUGUCGAGCAGCAGGUAUCUCAUAGCUGUUCCGCUGAUACAUUCCCGCAAGUUAUUAAUGAGAGAAACUCAUCUGAUCGUAACAGAGAAAAAAAUUCUGAUGUUUUACGAUCAGCACUUGGGAAAAAAAUUUCACAAGAAAAGUCGUGCACUACUGGGUUUUCAUGGCACCAAAGUCUUCAGAAUGCCAGUGAAAUUGGCAUGGAUACUGGUCACUGCAAGGUUUUUUUGGAGUCAGACGACUUGGGGCGGACCCUUGACCUCUCUGCACUUCAUUCUUAUGAAGAGCUACGCAGGAAGCUGGCCAUCAUGUUUGGAAUAGAGAGAUCAGAUAUGUUGAGCCAUGUUCUCUAUCGAGAUGUGACAGGUGCUGUUAAACAGAUUGGAGAUGAACCAUUCAGUGUUUUUAUGAAAACUGCGAAAAGAUUGACGAUUCUGAUGAACCGGGCAAGCGGCAACAGUGUUGGGAGGAGGACAUGGAUCACAGGGAUGCGAAAUGCUGAGAAUGGACUAGAGGCUCCAAAUAAGACCGGUCCCUUGAGCAUAUUUGCCUAAUACAGUGUGAGAUUUGAGAGCAGUGGGUGUAAAAGCAUAAUAUGUGUUGAAGAGUUUUUAGUUAGUUACUGUUUUAUGUGUUUAGGAAAAAGAACAUACAACUCCCCGGUGUCUGAAUAUUAUGCUUCUUAAUUAAAUGCGAAGUAAGUCUAUGUACUGGAAGCUUUUGUUA